GGACCCACGGUUGGUUACAGGUGACGGGAUGUUUUCUUUGUCUACAUCUUUGAAAUUUCAACCUUCACGAUUCUUCUUUUGUCUAGACUGAAGUUUCUUUGUGAUUGCAACUACCAUAUCUUCCUCUUUUAGCUGAAACGGUGUCUCUUCUAUCCAAUACCGCAACACUCCAAAGUACCUAUAUGUAUCACAACUCUUCUGGAACUUCUGUUAGACUCUUCAAAACCUAAACUCAUAUAGCUACUCUUCAUCUCUUCAAAAUGCCACGCAUAUUCCAAUUUCCAGAAACGAUGGAGGAAUGGGAAGACCAAAUCCGACGUUACAGAGUGACAAAUACGAUCCAAACCCUGCGGCCUAUGCAAUCAGCGUCUCGAACAACAAUUGCGCAAUUCUUGUCGCUGAGGAUCCUGUACCAGACUAAACGCGCUUCCCGUUUCAAUGCAGCAGACUGGGGGCUUGGUGCACAUCGCACAACAGCCCGCCAACAUCUACAAGGCUGCCCCGAGUUUCAGGCAUACCUCCAAAACGUCGCCCUUGAUGCCGGAGUUGCGCAGCAAGGCCAGCCCCAGGUUCUCCAGCUGGGAAUAUUCGAGCUUCCGCGAGAACAACAACGACACGUACAGGAUCUCAGAAUAUACUUGGGCCAAAGAGCGAUAACCCCAGGGUCUACAGCCCUUAAUGUGCUUCCGACCGCUGACGAGGAGACGGUAAACUUUGCUCUCGUAGAUUUUCUGCAGGCAAUCUGCCUAAAGUUCCCAGGCGUGUAUUCCCGCUGGGUUCCCACCAGGUUCUGUAUGAGAGCCAAUUUCAGCCAAGAUAACUAUACAGCCAUUACAGACGGAGGCCUCUCCAUCUGGGGGGAGCCCGAAAACAUACACGCUCUGAUUGAGUGUAAAGCUCCUAAUAGACGUGAUGCUCUACCGUCGGUACAGCUCCAGGAGGCUUCUCAGAUAGUCGCAUGGCUGAAGCAGGAGCAUCGCCCUGCAAGUGGUGAUACUGGAAGAGUCUUCCUUGUCUCCCAGAAUGGGAUUGAGAUAUACCUGACACUGGGUACCCUUGACAGACGGUACUGGAGGUAUCUGGCGCAUGACCGGCGGACUUCAAAAUUCCUAGAAUUGCAUCGAUAUGGCCCAUGGGUUAUCACCAACGCCCACGAUAUGGAAGCGCUUGCGGAGAUUAUCUUGGCGUUUACCUUGAACGUCGGAGAUGGCAAUUGAAUAGCUCCCCUUCCCUCU